CCUCUAAGAGGAGGGCGGGGUGUCGUUCCCUUUCGCUGAUGCAAGAGCCUAGCGCGGUGCUGUGAGAAAUAUCGGUUAGGAGCUACGCUGACUCCGGCGUCUGGAGCCGACCGGCCUGACUUCUCAUCCGUGCCGAACCCGCGCGAACAACAGCCAUGUCUGGGGACGAGAUGAUUUUUGAUCCUACUAUGAGCAAAAAGAAAAAGAAGAAGAAGAAGCCUUUUAUCUUAGAUGAAGAAGGUGAUGCUCAGACAGAAGAAACUCAGCCCUCAGAGACAAAAGAAGUGGAGCCAGAACCAACUGAAGACAAAGAUGUGGAAGCCGAUGAAGAGGACAGUAGGAAAAAAGAUGCUUCUGAUGACUUAGAUGACUUGAACUUCUUUAAUCAAAAGAAAAAGAAGAAAAAAACAAAAAAGAUAUUUGAUAUUGAUGAAGCUGAAGACGGUGUAAAGGAUAUUAAGAUUGACAAUGAUGCUCAAGAGCCAGCUGAGCCAGAGGAUGACCUUGAUAUCAUGCUUGGCAAUAAAAAGAAGAAGAAGAAGAAUGUCAAAUUCCCAGAUGAAGAUGAAAUACUAGAAAAAGAUGAAGCUUUAGAAGAUGAAGACAGCAAAAAAGAUGAUGGCAUUUCAUUCAGUAACCAGACUGGGCCUGCUUGGGCAGGCUCAGAAAGGGACUACACAUACGAGGAGUUGCUGAACCGAGUAUUCAACAUCAUGAGAGAAAAGAAUCCAGACAUGGUUGCUGGAGAGAAGAGGAAAUUUGUUAUGAAACCUCCACAGGUUGUCCGAGUAGGAACCAAGAAAACUUCUUUUGUCAAUUUUACAGAUAUCUGUAAACUAUUACAUCGUCAACCCAAACAUCUCCUUGCAUUUUUAUUGGCAGAAUUGGGUACAAGUGGUUCUAUAGAUGGUAAUAACCAACUUGUAAUCAAAGGAAGAUUCCAACAGAAACAGAUAGAAAAUGUCUUGAGAAGAUAUAUCAAGGAGUACGUCACUUGUCACACAUGCAGAUCACCGGACACAAUCCUACAGAAGGACACCCGACUCUAUUUCUUACAGUGUGAAACUUGUCAUUCUCGAUGCUCUGUUGCCAGUAUCAAAACUGGCUUCCAGGCUGUCACAGGCAAGCGAGCACAGCUCCGUGCCAAAGCUAACUAAUUUGCUAAUCACCAUUGAUUUUUCCAAAAUGUGGUGGAGAGCUGGCUGGACAGGUUACCAUCAGAGUGGAUGUACCAUUGAGUUAAAAACAAGAUAGAAAGCUGCCAAGUUCUUUGGCGAGUGAUUGAUCUGAAAUCCUUGCAAGAUGCCGAUACUGAAGCUGUUGACAUACUCGUUGCCUACUUUAACACCUGUCAGAGCGUGAUGGUAAGGAGGUGCUUUUUAAAAUCGUUCAUAGACUUCUGUAAAGUGCAAGAUAAAUUAAAGUUAUUAUAACAGUAA